UCCCCACUCUGCUACCCUACUGCUGCCAGCUGGUGCUGUGCCUGUCAAACUGGAUGACAGGCAGCGGUGCUGCCAGCAUGUAGCACAGCUCCCCAUGUAAGGUCCCUACAGCUCCCUCCUCCUCACCAGAAAGACUGCCCGGCUUCAGCCCACACACAGCCCCACUGCCGCCAUCCUACAUAGCAGCUGCUUCUGUAGUAACGGAGCCUGCGAGAGGGAAAAGGAGAAGGCAGAGGAGGUGCAGUGCCUGAGCCGCGAUCUCCUACAGAAUGCCGCUGGUCGCUCGCUACAUUGAGCCGCGCUAUCUGUGCCGGCAGAAACUUCCAAAUGUCCGCAGUGAACUGGAAUGCAUGACCAACCUUAGCUUGUCCAAUGUCAUCCGCCAGCUUGGAAGUCUGAGUCGCUAUGCAGAGGAUAUAUUUGGAGAAUUGUUCACUGAAGCAAGUCUGUUUGCUGAGCGUGUGGGAACACUGGGUGAGAGAGUGGAGAAGCUACAGGUCAAAGUGACCCAGCUGGAUCCUAAAGAGGAGGAGGUUUCUCUACAGGGCAUAAAUACAAGAAAAGCGUUCCACAGUAAUACCUUGCAAGAUCAGCAGCUGUUUGUACGCGACUCUCUAUCUGUUCCAGUUUGUGAAACCUACAUCACAUGUAACAUGCCGCCGCCACUCAACAUCCUGUCUCCUUAUAGGGAUGAUGGGAAAGAGGCCUUGAAGUUUUAUACUGACCCCUCAUAUUUCUUUGAUCUCUGGAAGGAAAAGAUGUUGCAAGACACCAAGGAUAUUAUGAAAGAAAAACGUAAACAUAGGAGAGAAAAGAAAGACAAUCCCAACCGCGGCAAUGUAAAUCCUCGUAAGAUCCGCACACGGAAAGAUGAAUGGGAGAAGAAGAAGAUGGGGCAGGAAUUUAUGGAUGCCUCAGAGAAGGAGCAGAAUGAUGGGUUCCAGGUAAAUCAAAAUGGAUCUCUCAGUCCUAUGGAUGGGGGAGAUAUAGUUCAGUAUCUUCCUCCACCUCCAAAUGAAGACGUCAUACCAAUCCCACCUCCAGCUCCUGAUGACUUUCUGCCACCUCCUCCUGCAGAAUUCAGUGAACCUGGACCCUCUAUUCGAUCAAGCCUGGUUAGCCCAGCUCACCCUCCCCCAGCUCCUCCUAUUGGUUCUCCUAUUGGAGGAAGACCCAGUUUCUCUCCUCCCCUGGCUCCUCCACCACCUCCUCCUGCUGGAUUAUUCCCAGAUACCACCUACCUUCCUCCCCCAUCUCCACCAGCCAGCCUUCCCAUUUCAGGAUUUCCUGCUCCUCCUCCUCCUCCAGUACCUUCUUUAAUGGAUUAUGCACCUGCAUCUCCUGUCAGUCCUCCAGCUCCUAUUUCUGGUGGCCCACCUCCGCCUCCUCCACCCCCACCACCUCCACCAGGUCCUCCACCUCCUGGUCCCCCACCUCCAUCUUUUUUCCAUUCAGAGAGAGGAGAUUCUGCAGCACAGCCUUCCAAAUCCAAAACUUCUCUGCCACCAGUGAGCGAUGCUCUGAGCGACCUCUUGUCUGCCAUCCGUCAAGGUUUCCAGCUGCGCAAGGUGGAGGAACAGAUGGAGCAUGAGAAGCGAGAUGUUGGAGGUAAUGAUGUGGCCACUAUCCUGUCUCGUCGUAUAGCCGUGGAGUACAGCGACUCAGAGGAUGACUCUUCAGAAUUUGAUGAGGAGGAGUGGUCUGACUAAAUGCAGGAGGAGUGUGGGCGGGAGGGAAGAUCCGAUUAUAUGUAAGGUUAUUACUGCCAGAGAGAGAGAGAAGAUCAUCUUAAAGAGAGUUCCAAAACACAACCGUGAAUGGAUUGUAUGUUAAAGAAAUCCAUGCUAGUCCAUGCUAGUCAAUGCUGGCCUAAACACUUUCAAUUAUGGGCAUACAUGGCUAGUGUUGGAACCUUUUGGUUGGCCUGUAAGGUCUGUUACCCCCAACCCGACAAGAUAACAUGGCGCACACCGGGAAAAUAACUCUUCCUUCUUCUGACUAAAUAAUAGGGCAUAACAUACACCGCUUAUCCAGUACGUUAUCAGCCAAUACAAUGUUAGAUAUACUAUAUAGCAUUUUCAGUAACGGCUGCAUUGGAAAGUAGGAUUUGAAGUUGGACUAUUUACACACAACAUGUUGUUCCUAUGAUAGAAUCCAACCAUCUCUGCUCCCCAUGUACUGGUUAUUAGCUUUACAGUUGUUAAAGUGUUAGUAUGCAUGCGUGUUCAUGGUCAGUGCUGUCUAAGCUUCAUUUAGUCACAACUUCAUUCCCGUACUAUAAUACAGUGCUUUUCAGCUGAUCUAAAUCGCAUCAUCCAUGUAAACACACUGUGUAAACAUUCCUAAGAAGCGAGUUCUUGAUGUACCACGGACACAUGGACUAAUAUUUGCUCCUUUUAGUUUAAUAAAAAAGAGAAACUGUGCCUUACAUUAAUGUCCCUGUUUACAGGGACCUUCUGCAGUUAAACAGCAAUCACCACUGUAUUGGACUAUCCUAGUUAUAUUCAAAUUGAAGUGGUGGCUGUAAUGUAUAAUCACCUAGGAAUGUGUCUGAUUGGGAAAUACAUAAAAAAUAUAGACUGAAGAGACAGGAUCUUAUGUGUAACCUGCUUUAUUUACUGUGGGACAGGUGAAGGAUUAUUCUAUGCAUAUAUUAUAGAUUAUAUUUAGCUAUUGUAAUAGUGCCUUUGUGUCAGCCCCAGUGGGGAAUAUAUGCCCUUGAUACAGAGUAGUUUAAGAAUAAGCGGUCUGUCCCACUGGGGAGCAACCUGGUAAUAUGGGAACAAAUCAACAAAAUAAUUAUGUUUAAUUUGUUGGGAUAAUGUAUCUAGAGAGGAAGGUAAUUUAUUAGUCUUCUAAGGGGGGAAUUAUAUUGUUUUGCACGUCCGCCGCUCCCAUCUAAAGUGACCGGGUACUAUCCAAUUGUUUUUGGGCAUCCAUCACUGUAGCAGAUGUCUUGCCUAAAAUGCAGGGCUAAGCCAUGAAAAGUGGCAGGUCGGGGUGCCGGCAGGGGGGUGAGUGCAACCAAGCCCCUUGCAGGCUCGCUAUUCUGCAGGGUUGGUGGUUCGCUGUGCUCGCCACAGGUUCUAUUCCCACUAUAUGGGUGUCGUGGACAGCCACGAGUGGGAAUAGCCCUGGGCCUUAGCCGAGCUCACGGCAUCUGUAUGCUCACUGCCGGUCACCUGACUACAUCACAAAGUGGCUUUUCCCGUCUAAAGUAUCGGUUAAGGUGACCAAAAGCCCUACUUUGAGUGGAUUUCUGCUCGCAACUCAGGAGACAGUGGGGGUAGUUCAGAGUUGAUCGUAGAUGUGCUAAAUUUAGCACAUCUACGAUCAAUUACUCAGACAUGCGAGGGGACGCCCAGCACAGGACUAGUCUGCCCCGCAUGUCUGGCUCUGCCUCCCCGCACAGGUACAAAAGUAUCGCACAGCGACGAUGCUUUUGUACCUGAGGAGUAGCGCUCUGGCAGGGAGCUACUGGCCGCGUCCCGGGUCGCAGCAGCUGCGUGUGACGUCACGCAGCCUGCCGCGGCCCGCCCACCCAACGGUCCGGACACGUUUCCGUUGUCCAGACCGCACCCUGCGCCGUUGGCACGCCCCCUCCCACCCCACGACCGCCUCUGCCUGUCAAUCAGGCACAGUCGAUCGCAGCCCAGAGAUGCUCAUAGCAUCUCACUGGGCCCCGGGCUGCAGCGAUCCAGUCUGAAUUAGCCCUUGUGAGAUGAAAGCCACAAUUAGUAGUAAGUGCCCAAAAACAAUUCAAUAGCUCCCAGUCACUUUUAUUGUGGCCGCAGCGCCCAUCUAAUGAUUGCAUUUUCCCCUAAAAGCUAUGCAACAGUAUUCAGUAUUUGUCUACAUACUAUAUGUGUAUUUAAAUGUACACAGGACCUAUUUACUGAAGGUACAUUUACAAAAAACUACAACACGUAAGGACUAUUUUGUAGAUUCUCUUACUAUACUAGUUGAAUGAUGACCUACAGAUCAAAAGUGCCUUAAUUAAAGUUACUUGGGACUUGUGCCAUAAGGGGAUAAUGUUUUAUAUUGCAUGUCCCUGUCCUUCCCUAUAUGACUUGCAUUUUUUGUUUUGCUAAUGAUAUUGACCUGUAACUUCUUAUUCUGUAUAUGUAUCUCUUUAAUAAGUGCUCUAUAAAAAUUUUAAAUGACUUA